ACACUGCCUCUUUGCCGUCCGCGUGCGCGCUUGUCGUCGCUGCGUCCAUAUUGCGGCUUCUCCGCCGGUCAUAACUUCCACAAAGCGGAGCUGGACCUUUGAGUCGCACAACAGCAAAGCCAUGAGUACACCGACGUUCAUCGAUGUCGGCGUGGAUGAGCAGUGCCUCGACCUGCGCGCCUACUUCAAGAGCCUCGGCGCCGAGAUUUCGGACGAGCAGUUCCCCGAGACCUUGGCUCUCAACCUGGCCGAAAUUAUCAACGUGUGCGACGUGUGCUUCCGCGAGGCCACCGAUUCCGAUAUCGAGGCCGUGCUCAACAGCAUCGUGUCCCUUCUCGUGGAUGUGGUGCCGUCCGAGGGCGAGCCGCUGGUGAACGCGUUCUGCGCCAAGCUGGCGCAAGCCCCUUCCAACCGUCUCGGUGUGAUGGCCGUGCGCGUGCUUCAGAAUCUGUUCGAGGCGUUAAGCGUGGACAGCCCACUUCGUUACGAUGUCUACUACAACCUGGUCAAAGCGGCCGCCAAAACGGACAUGAUAAUGUCGGUGUUCAGCGACCUCGCCAAGCUCAAGUCGUGGAUGACGGCUCUGCGAGUGCCAGUGCCGCGGAUUCAGCGGCUUCUCCGGGCACUGCAUGAGGCCCUGCUGGAGUGCCGCCAGGGUGGCGAGCUGGCCUCGCGCGUUAUGGUCGAACUGCUGUCCACCUACACGGAGGACAAUGCGUCACAAGCACGUGACGAUGCGCACCGCUGCAUCGUCUCAUGCCUGGCUGAUCCGACCAUGUUCCUGCUGGACCAUCUGCUGCCCCUGAAGCCUGUGCGCUUCCUCGAAGGCGAGCUUGUGCACGACCUGCUCACCAUCUUUGUAGCCGACAAGCUGUCUGCCUACCUCGCCUUCUAUCAGGCAAACAAGGACUUUGUGUCCUCCCUGGGGCUGUCGCACGAGCAAAACUUGCACAAGAUGCGGCUGCUGACGCUCAUGCAACUGGCUGAGUCCCGGCGCGAACUGCCCUUUGAGCUUCUGCAGCAGGAGCUCCAGCUCCAGGAUGUGGAAGGGUUCGUGGUGGAGGCACUGCGGACGCGCAUGCUCACCGCCAAGAUUGACCAGACAGGCCGCAAGGUCAUUGUGGGCACCACGGUGCACCGCACCUUCGGCCGCCACCAGUGGGUCCAGCUCAAGGAGAGCCUCGUCCAGUGGCACGAGCGGCUGCGGCACGUUGAGGCCAGCAUGGACCGAGUCGUACGCGCCCACUUUGAGCCGCUGGCAGCCCCGCCCACGGCUUGAAGAAAAAGAAUUUGUGCUUACUUCACUGCUUCUAGAAGAUAAAAACAUUCUUUCAGUA